AUGGCAGAUGAUAAUAAUGCAAUCAGCAAUACGAAGAGCAAAUAUGACAGUGGUUCUUCUGCUUAUCAAGAAAGCUAUAUACCUGCCGUGAUAGAGUCAACAGAAACAGGACAACAGCGAAGACAACGUCCUUCUGUUUCAAAAACACUUAACAAUUUAUCAGAAAUGUCGAUUGAAUGUAGCACAGUAACCGAUCAUUCACAAAAGCUAAACAGUGCAUUAUAUGAAAAUGAAAUUGGUAUCGAUAAUCAAAAUAAAUCGAUUAUUGAACAAAAAGUCAAAAGCGUGUUUGAAUUGCCACAUGAAGAGAAACUCAUUAAUGAAUAUCCAUGUUAUCUUAUUAGGUGGGUUACAUUGCCCGGAUGGAUGUACCUUACAAAUAGCUUCGUAUGUUUCUACGCUACGUUACCAAGCAAAAAGCAUGACCCGUUUAAAACUGGUUAUUUAUCAAAGAGAAAGCACGUUACUUCACCACGCACCCACAGAUACUAUUUUGAGCUAAAACACCACAUCCUGUUUUGGUCUUCCAGCGCAGACACAAAAUAUUCACCCCUUGGCUCUAUAGAUUUAAGAUAUAUUAUCAAAAUUGAGACAUCAAAUCAUAUUCACACCCUCAUGGCUGAUUCUGAAGUUUCUCGACGGGAAUGGAUGGAUGAAUUGACAAGAGGCGUGUUUAUGGCACAGCAUGUCGAAAACCGUGUCAGAAUUAUUCUUCCAUUAGCAAAAAUUAGUAGUAUCGAUAAAUCACCUAUAUUCCAGUUCACAGUUAAUAUUAGAUUUCGAUUCUGUGAAGACCCUACUGACGAAGACAAAAAGUAUUAUUUUGCUUUUUUUCCUGAUGUCGAUGAAGCACAUAAGCAUAUUGUGGAAACAUGGAUGUCGGCUACAGGGAAUAAGCAACCGAUGUUAAGCACCAUGAGCAGCGAUUUGCAAUCUACAACACCUACUGCAGCAAAUACCUUUGCAAGCUUUGAGAAUUUAUUUGAAAACAUAUCUCCUACUGCACUUCCAGCCAUGUUGAUGGGAAAACUAAUGAAUGUUGCUACUCUUUUUCAACAAGAGACUAGCAAUAAUGCCACGAAGAAGUUGUCUGCGAUGAAUGAAGAGGAGCAUCCACAUUCUGAAAAUGAUAUGGAGGAUGUAUCUUUGAGCCAGAAAAGUCAACCUACCGCAACAAAGCAUUAUAGUAGUAGACAUAAGAGUAUGGAAAUAGGACGAAGCUUACUUGAAUCUGCAUCACUGUCAUCAAAUACCUCUACUAUCGCUUCGAAAUUUAAGCGAAAUACAAUAUUUUCUUACAGCAAAUCUGCAGUAGCUGAUAAAGAUAAGAUAAGUAAUUCCGGAUCAAGCACAACUUCAACGGCAACACCAAUCGCUCAGGUAAAUCCUGAUAAGGAAAUGGCAAGUGAGCAUUCCACACUGACCGCCAAGCCAUCAACAAAAUCAAGUACUUACUCCUUAUCCAAGAUACCUCGUGCAGUAACAGGUGCGCUGAAGCACCCAUUAACAUCCUGGAAAGACAGUAAUAAUACCGAGAGUGACGCAAGUACAACAGAGUCUACAUCAAAAGCCGAUGAAGAAAAAAGUAACGAUCAGACUGUUUUGGAUGUAGAACCAGUGGAGGCAAAGAUACCAAUAAAAAUAAUGGACCAAACGCCUAAAGUGGCGCACAAAACUAGGAAAAGUCGAACUAAAUCCUUCGGCUCAGCAUUAUUGUCAGGAACGUGGAAUAAGUUAGCUACUGGUAGUGCGGAGCUGUUAUCUUCACAGCAACAGCAUCCAAGCAAUACAGAAGCUUACCAGUCUCAUCCGAAAGGACAACUAUGGUUGAAUCAAGCAAUCCUUAAUGGUCUCGUAGACAUGAUAAGAUUGAAAAAUGAUACAGAUAGUUAUAGUGAUGAUGGUAGAACCAGCGAUUAUCCUUUGGCAACGACUUUUGAUGAUGAGAAAGAGGAAGUCAAUAUACCGAACUUCGUCGUAGGGCCGCAUUCAGCUGAAAUAUCUGCUUCGAACCCAGAAUACGAAGCUGAGGAGCAGCAGGCUUUAAAUGAACGCUUACAGACGGCUUUUCCUAUGCUUCUUGAAACAGGGAUAGAGGUUGAGGCGGCCUUCAAAUGCUCAUUCUGGAGAACUAUCCCUUAUGCUGGUCGUAUAUUUAUUACAGACAAAUACUUUUGUUUUCAUAGCAAAAUUCUAGCAGGCACACAAAAAUUAAUAGUACCCUGGACUGAUCUUAUUCAAAUCAGUAAGCUCAAAGCAGGAAAUUACUAUUCGACGUUUUGUAUAUCUAUGACGAUCAAAGAUACGACCGAGGAGAAAGGAGAAAAGAUUUUAUUUGAUUUCAAAACAGCAAAGUUACGAGACAUAUGUUAUGCAGUAUGCCAGCUUAAAACAUCAUGUGCUGUUAUGUUUGACGAACGACUUGGAUAUUUUAGUUCAGUCAUUUCUAGAGAAUCGAACGCGGUAUCAAUGAAAAGUGUAUUGUUGGAUCGACCUGAACAUGUAGUACCACCUAAAGAAUAUAGCGGACCACCAUUGCUUGCAUCAUCUUCGUACUUAAUAAAUACGUCGACAAAGCAUAAGCGACCAGAAGGCCCUUUACAUAUUACCUGUUUGACUAUUGGCUCGCGAGGUGACGUCCAACCGUAUGUAGCCUUGUGUAAGGAAUUACAGAAAGAUGGUCAUCGUUGUCGUAUAGCGACUCAUCCUGAAUAUGAAAAAUGGAUUCGACAGCAUGAUAUUGAAUUUAAAUCCGUAGGAGGAGACCCAGGGGAAUUGAUGUUUUACAGCUGGUUUAAGUCACUCCUCGAAACGGCGUAUGAGGCGUGCAAAGGCACAGAUGUACUAAUUGAAAGUCCAAGUGCGAUGGUAGGUAUACAUAUGGCUGAAAAGCUUCAAAUUGCUUAUUUUCGCAGUAUGCCCUUUCCGUUUUCAAGAACAACGAAAUUUCCGCAUCCCUUUGCCAUACAGCCAAGUACCACCGUGCCAGGCGGGCGUAUAUACAACGAUAUGACCUAUAUGAUGAUCGAUAUGGCUUUAUGGGCUGGUACAGCAAAGCAAAUUAAUCGAUUUAGGCAUAAAGUACUACACCUUCCUUCUACCACUCUAGAUGAAUUGGAACUAUAUAAAGUACCUUAUAUCUACUCUUUCAGCCCAGCCGUUGUGCACCCUCCCAAAGAUUGGCCUGAUUACAUUCAUUGCACAGGUUAUUGGUUUUUAGACAAUCCAGAUAUAUCGUGGAAGCCCGAUUAUUCACUGCUGGAAUUUCUUAAUCAGCCCAACGACAAUCGACCCAUUGUAUAUAUAGGGUUCGGUUCCAUCAUCGUGCCUAAUGCUGUAGAAACAACCCGUAUCAUCAUUGAUUCGGUUUUGAAUGCUAACGUAAGAGCUAUCAUUUGUAAAGGUUGGUCUGCUCGUGGAACAUCAACAGAAGCAGCACCAUCAUCAUCAACAGCAGCAAUAUCUAGAAAGUUUAGAAAAACACAUAGAAAAACAAAAUCGCUUGAUACUGAUAACGAUAAUCUUAUACAGCAGCAGCAGCAGCAGCAACAAGAAGAAGAGCAAGCUUUGCGAGCACAGGACAAAGCUAGCGAUAUUCUCCUCGAUAAAUACCCGGGUACCAUUUAUCAAUUGGAUUCCGUUCCCCAUGAUUGGUUAUUCCCCAAAAUUCAAGGCGUUGUGCAUCAUGGUGGAGCAGGUACUACAGCAGCCGGUCUAAGAGCGGGUCUGCCAACAAUCGUUAAACCGUUUUUCGGUGAUCAGCGAUUUUGGGGUCAGCGCAUAGAGGAGUUACAAAUUGGCGUCUGUCUCAAUAAACUAGCAAAGGCUCCAUUAACAGAUGCUUUAACAGAGAUAACGCAAAAUCAAGCGAUGAUAACGAAAGCACAAUUGAUUGGGGAAACAAUUAGAAAGGAAAAUGGCCCACGCAACGCUGUUAACUGCAUUUAUAGAGAAUAUGAAUUUGCUAAACAACAAAGAACUCGUUCUUAUGACUAA